AUGUGUAUAUUUGCAGUGAACGAAAUACCACUUCUUGGCUGCAUCGUGGGUAUAAAUGAUGUACGCCCUGAUCUGGAAAAGAUCAAGGCGAUUAGCGACUGGCCCGUGCCAGUCGACGUCAAGAAACUUCGAAAUUUCCUUGUCCUGGCGGCGUACUUGCACAAGUACUCGCGCAACUAUGCUGAGAUGACUGUACAUCUCUCUCGUCUGCUCAAGAAAAACGACAGGUGGUCAUGA